UGGGGAUUCCCCGCGAGAGAAUUUCCAAAGAAAAAACCAUGAUACGAUGAACUUUAUUCAUUUUAAGUAACUGAUAACUUUUCAAGAGACCAUCAGUCCCCAUUAAUAUGGUUGGUGAUGAAGUGAACUGACAAGCGCUUUUGCGAUGGAGAAACGUUACAGAGCACAAGAGUUUUAUAAUAAAUACAGAAAAGAAGAGGAAGAUCCGCGCCCAACAAAACAUCUCAUGUUGUCCAUCUUCCAGAUCAUUCUGGAAUAUCUUACUCUUUGCAAACCAGAGGAAAAGUUCUCUUUUCACGAAUUUCACAAAAUUUUAAACCUAAGUUCCACCGAAUGUGAUUUCAGUUUAGAGAAAGCUUCCAAGGCAUUCGAAAGGCUAGAAUUUUAUUUAGUUACAAUAUGGAAAAAUUCAUGGAAACCAGAAUUUAAAAGGAUGCGAAAAUACUGCGGCUUUUAUCAAACGAAAAUUGAGUCCCACUUGAAGAAAUCGGAAGAAGUGUUUAAAUUAAUUGGUUAUGUAGAAUCAGCAGAUUGUUUAGUACUAAAUCGUAGACUUAAUCAAGACGUUGUUCUCUCCGUAGGAUUUGAAUGUAUUGUAGCUUCUAUCGAAUGUCAUCUAGUAUCAAAAAUAAUAGGCCGACUUGACAGUCCGCUAAGGCCUUGUGAUGUCUUCACUUGGAGGCAAAAAUACUCCGGAGGUGAAGAAGAAUUUGUUACAUUAUUGAACGGAAACAAAAAAGACCCAGUUUUAAAAAGUUCUUCGGGAUCGGAGUACCGAAACGAUACGGAGGUGGAUCAUAAUUCAGUAACGUUCUCCCCGGGUCACCGUGAUAUUCCUUUUAUAGACGAUGAUGCCGAUGGACAUAAGGAGUAUGAACAUGUAGGUCCAAACUUCGAGGAGGGAACUCUGGAUGACCAUUUGAUGGCGAGUUUAAAGUUAGUGAGUAAAGAGAAAGUGAAAGUAGAAGAGCCGCCACCGAAGAAAGGAUCCGACGAAUGGUCAUAUGUUACAGAGAGUUUAAAAAAAAGAUAUGGUGAAGAGUAUAAUUGGGGUACACGCGGAGAUAUUCUGCAGCCAGAACAAUUAAUACCCCAGCAAACACAAGACAGUAGAAAUGACAAAAAUGAAGUGCAGAAGAGGAUUACCCGGAAAGAGAGUUCCUCAUAUCGAGAUUCGGGAUACGUCGGAGGAAGCAGCUUUCGAAAUACCAGUCAUCGAUCUGAACUUGUCACUCGGGCCACCGGGGGUGCCGAGUCUAAAAUGUCAUCACUUAGUAAGCCCACACAUCCUAUAUCAUACGCUCACGAGCAAUUAUCACCUCCAAAUGCCACUGGAAACUUAAAUGUUUGUGUUGAAGAAGAAGGGAUUGGUGGCGAAAAUCUUUACAACGACAUUGUUGAAAUGAGAUACGAAAGGCUGGGUACCACCCAGCCCUUUAAUUUCAGCCAUUCUGCACCCGUUGCACGGAAGAUUUCAACAGAUACCGAAAGGUCUCCUUCCAGUAGUAGCCGCUUCGGUAGUCACAGUCUUAAUGAAGGUGGAUGGGUCUGUCCAUAUUGUACCAUUCGAAAUCCCAAGGGUAAUCUAAUUUGUUCAGUUUGCAGUAAGACUAACGAUGUUAGAGACAUAAAACCAUCAUCGAAAUCGAUGGAUGUGAGAUGGACGUCCAGACAAUGUUCCAAAUGUACCUACGCUAAUCAGUCUGAUCGGAGCGAAUGUGAAAUGUGUGGCAACCCAAUAAACGAAGCUAAUUCUGCAGUGUGACAGGUUCUACAUUUGUUCGGCUUUUUUUCGAAAUCAAGCUAAAGAGAAUGAUAAACUUACAAAUAGAAAGUUGUUUUGACAAGAGCUUUUUUCAGGAUUAAUAAGAGCUUAUCUAAUAAAUAUUUCGCUUUUGAAAGCUCAUUAUAUAUUUUGUGAACAUACACUGUAAGCAGUAUGAUUUUUUUUUCGAGAAAUUUCCAAAUUGGUAUUUUUACAUAAUAUUGGAUAACUAUGAUUUCCAGAAAAAUAAAAGGUGAAUAAAAUAUAGACAAAAUAAAAUCACAAAACAUUUACAUAUCCGGUUGUAUAUUUUUACAAAAUUAUUGUAACUGUGCUAUUAUAAGUACUUUAUACACAGUUACAUACUCUGAAUAACGUUUAAACAGUUGUGAAAGGGAUAUGGAAAGUGAUUUAGAUCUUUAGCCAAAUUUCUCAUGAUGAACUUAAAAUGCAAAAAGAGAAAAUUAAUUAUGUACAAUUCAGAGUAACAUGAAAGAUGUAUGAACUUAAGCAAAGCAUAGUUUACAGAAAUUAAUUCUACAAGAGAAGAAAAGUAAACAGGUAUUGUUUUACACACAAAAAGUUUCAACAUUUCUGUAGAAAUAUUGUGGGAUUAUUCCUGUCAUUCGUUACGUCUUUCAGUUCUUUGCUUUACCAAAAUAUUCCCCCGAUACCUCUACGUACAUGAAUUGACAACAACAUUAAUUUUAACAUGCAUAAUAAAUAGAAGUCAAUGAAAUCUUUAACAUUCAAGACUCUAAAUAUUAGGAACCAUACCACUCUGACUGUCUUGUGCAUAUGGAAAUGUACACGUAUGUCUUUUUAUUUGAUGAGCGAACCAUGUUGUGUUGCAGUAAACUUUUAUUCUUUG